AAAAAAUGUGAGUGUUACUGGGCCCAAGAGCAGGAGCCACUGCAAAUUGGGCCUUUCUGCAUCACCCUGGAGACGUGGCUGAAUGCAGACAUCAUGCUCAGAACCCUCCAGGUCACAUUCCAGAAAGAAUCCUGUUCUGUGCACCAGCUGCAGUAUAUGUCCUGGCCAGACCAUGGGAUCCCCAGCAAUCCUGACCACAUGCUCAUUAUGGUGGAGGAAGCCCGUCACCUCCAGGGAUCUGGCCCCGGUCCCCUCUGUGUCUACUGCAGCGCCGGCUGUGGGCGAACAGGUGUCCUGUGCACUGUGGAUUAUGUGAGGCAGUUGCUCCUGACCCAGAGGAUCCCACCUAACUUCAGCUUCUUUAACAUGGUGCUCCAGAUGCGGAGGCAGCGGCCUGCGGCUGUGCAGCAACACGAGCAGCACAGGUUCUUGUGCCACACGGUGGCUCAGAUGUUCUGCUCAGCGUUCCAGAACACCAGUCCCCACUACCAGAACCUCAAGGAGUGUGCCCCACUCUACGAUGAUGCCCUGUCCCUCCGGACUUCCCGGGUCCUUCUUGCCUUACCCCGCCCACCAGGCGGGGUCCCCAGGUAUCUGGCUCCAUCCUUGGCGCCGCGCGCCCGGCGGCCCGGGGCGCAAGCGGAGGACGCGCGGGGGGCGCCGUCUGGCCGCGUUCCUGCUGACCAAAGCUCUGAUGGGCCCGACGCCUAUGAGGACGUGGCGGAUGGAGCUCAGACCAGUGGGCUAGGCUUUAAACUGCGCAUUGGAAAGCCAAAAGGGCCUCGGGAUCCCCCUGCCGAGUGGACCCGGGUGUGAGUGCUGCGCCCACGCCUGCCUGUGGCUCCACAUGGGGGCUUGGACUGCUGACGGCCAUCGCUGUGCUGUGCGAUGUGUUAGGAACGGGGACACUGGGCCUGAACCAAAAUAAAAAUUUCUCAGGGUGGGAAAUGUGGGGGUUUUGCCCUA